UCUUCUUGUAUGCUGUCUUCUUGCGCGGCUUCCGUGGUCCUUUCUACAACACUGUCAGCAGGCCCGCCCACUACAUCAGAAGCUGGUCAAUUGAGGAUCGGGGUCUUCUAGAAGUGUUCAGGCUUGUUGUCCGCAAUUAACGCGCCUCCUCCACGAUCCCGCUAAUAAGUCGGCGGUCAAGGUCAAUCAAUAUCGAAGGUCAAUCAAUCUUCGACACCUUCCCCUACCAUACCUUGUCUUAGGAACUGCUCCAUAAAGAUGGAAGAACGGCAACGGAUCACAGCACAAUUCCGCGACUUCACAUAUAAGUCCGUGCCGAUUAAGGACUACUCUCUCGAUGAAAACCUGCCGACUCAGCCCAACUGCUAUGUAUGCACAUCAUCACCCAAAGUCGGUCUCGGCUCCCUCGAUACGCUUCCACUUGAGAUUCUUCAUAACAUCCUCCCCCAACUCGAUUUGCUCACGCUUACGGAUUUUCGACGCGUCAAUCAACGGGCCUUGCAACUCGUAGCAUCUCUGCCCCAAUUCAAAGCCAUUAAUUCACAUGCACGGGACGCGCUUCGUGGCAUUCUGAGCAUCGAAACAGGCCGGUGGAUCACUUGCGAGGACCUUUAUGCGACACUUUGCACUGCCCAAUGCGAGCGAUGUGGUGAUUUUGGCGCCUACCUCUACAUUCUGACUUGCAAACGUGUCUGCUUCCUCUGUUUUACCCAAGCAGAAGCGUAUCUACCACUACGAUUUAUCCAUGCGACUCAGAAAUUCGGACUUGACCGUUCAAUUCUCAACACUUUACCACGAAUGAGGAGCAUACCGGGCAAAUAUGCAAACAACCCGAAGAAAUGUCGCGAGCGACUUACUUUGGUAGACCCUGAGUCUGCUCGUCGUGCGGGUAUUGCACUACACGGGUCCGUCGCUGCCAUGGAAGAUCACGCGUGGGACAUCGCCGGUCAAAAAAUGCUACGGUACGAGGUGAGGCUAGCACAACGGUCUGCAGGUCUAUCUGGGUCAUCAACUACACGUCGCCCUCGGAUUGAAGGUCCUUUCGACAGGGAAUCUGAUAAUCCAUUGCGUUUUAUGGCCAUCGUUCACAUGCCAUGGCUAAACCGAACCACGCAAGAUAUAGAGCUAGGCUCCUUUUGCGUUGGGUGCGAGGGGUCCUACAAUGCCCACCGCAAUAAACCUAUGUAUUUCAGACGGAGAUUUAAUGUCGACUCGUUUAAUGCGCACUUGAAAGAGUGUGGAAGCAUUAAGGAUAGGAAACAUUGCCCUAACCGGCACGAAAAUACGAUUGCACAAUGAACGGCAGUUGUCUACAAAUACAGCGAGAGCAAACCGAACAUUAGCUACUGCUCCGUACAGGCCAAGCAGCCCUGGUGGCGUCCAGGAUGAUGUUUCGAUGGCGGGGAUGGCCCGGUGCUUGGCGACGGGGCCUAACCGUCCCCUCGGCCCGGAACACCCUCCCGCUCGGCUUCUGCCACGGUCCGAAAAGUAGCUGGGUAAGGAAGGUUCACGAGGCUCAAAACCGAUUUCUGACAUCACUCGUUAAAAGCCGAGUGAUAUUCCUUUGCUCACCUUUAUUAUGCCCUAUUUCUCGGGUUUCUUUCACCAA